AUGUGUUGCUCUGGCUUUCUUAGAACUGUAAUGAUUGUCUUCAAUGCCAUUAUCUUUCUAGCAGGGAAUAUUAUCCUUGGCUUGGGGAUCUGGGUGAAGGUGGAGAGUGAGUCCCUGGUGAAAGUCCUAUGGAACACAGAAGACACUCCAGAAGGGGCAAACCCAGUAUUUCACAUGGGGUACCUACUGAUCGCAGUGGGUGCGGUGCUGCUAGUCAUGGGCUUCCUGGGCUGCUGUGGGGCCAUGAAAGAGAGUCCAUGCAUGCUGUUACUGUUCUUUGUCAUUGUGCUGCUGAUCUUCAUAGCCGAGGUGGCUGGGGUAGUCAUGAUCUUCAUCUUCAACACUCGUGUGGAAGAGCUGAUCAAUAAGUUAGCCCUUGAGAGCAUUAGGGAGGAUUAUGGGACUAAGUUUGAUCUUACCGGAUUAUGGAACAGUAUCAUGGAAGUGCUGAACUGCUGCGGAUUUUAUAACUACACCGAUUUCACUGGGUCUCCUUUUAACAACAUGACUGCUGGAAGAUAUCCAGACACUUGCUGCUUAAACAGCCCCUGUACUCUGGAAAAUUCUAGAAAUGCGGUACUGAUUCUCCAUUGCUGUAGUGAACUAAGUCAUUUCAAUCCCUCGCCCUCACAGAAAGUGCCUGGCUGCUAUCCUAAGCUGGUGGACCUACUAGAGAGUAACGCUGUCAUUGUGGGAGCUGUGGCCACCGGAAUUGCUGCCCUUGAGAUCAGCGGCCUUGUGACCGUGAUCUUUGGUCUUUGGAUGAAGUACGGUACCACCAGCUUUGUGGCGGCAUUAGAUUCCUACUCCAUGCAGCUCUUCACUGAGAGUUACAUCUACAUGGGAACAGGUUCAACGGUUAUUCUCAUUGGCGCCAUCGGCUUCUGCGGCGCCCUGAAGGAGAACCGUUGGCUCAUUCUGUUGGUGAGAGUUCACUCAUGA